AUGGAGACCGUGGUGAAAAACUGCUUUGGCCAGCAGCCGAGUAAUCCUCCGUCGUGCCCGGCGGAGACUCAACCGGUUCUCUGCAUCUUUGCUGCGACCGUCUUUGCGACGAGUCGGAAUGCAUCGCUGCUGGCUGACUCAUGUCCGAACUACAUUACUAAAGGCUGUCGCCAGCUUAGAACUUUAUUGGUGUUCAGCGGAAGCCAGACGUCUACGGCCGAUCACUUGUCCCUGCUGAGGAACGAGGAUGCCGCCGUUCCUCAGCUUGUGACAGCCAACAUCUAG